UCAAAAUAAUCUGUCAUCGCGACCAGAAAGGUGACAACUCAACAAUCUUCCGAAAAUUAAUUUUUAUCCUCGAUCGUAUGUAAUGUGGCGUUAAUUCGGUAGUUUGACACAAAAUGUACCCUAGUUUUCGUGACGGGACGAUCGAGAAAUAAAUAGUUCUCAAUCGACCAUUCCUGCGGUAUUGAAGAACCCAGUCGCGUAAGAUACGAUUAUACGGAGCCAUCGUCAUCUAUAUGCAUGCUAUUGAGUGACAAUAGAUAAGAGCUCUUUAAAACAGUUCAUAAACCUAACGACGUAAAGAUGCUGCCGCUAACACAUAAAGAUUCGCGAGGAUUUACGUACAAGGUACGAGAGAAAUUAAACAGCCUCUCACGGCUGAUCCUCUCCGAUAGAAACUCGAGGAAUCUGUUUUUGUUUUUAUUGUUGAAUUUAAGUUUCGCUUUUGUUGAGUUAAUGUAUGGAAUAUGGACCAACAGCUUAGGUCUUAUUUCGGAUUCAUUCCAUAUGUUCUUCGACUGCACUGGUCUACUGGCUGGUUUGGCUGCAUCUCUUAUCACUAAGUGGAAGGCUAAUGAUAAAUAUUCGUACGGAUAUGUACGAGCGGAGGUGCUGGCCGGUUUCGUUAAUAGCUUGUUCCUAUUGUUUAUCGCCUUCUUCAUUAUGUCGGAAGCAGUUGAACGGGCAAUCGAACCUCCGGAAGUUAAGCAUGAAAGAUUGUUUGUUGUAUCGGUACUUGGUCUUGUGGUUAAUCUGGUUGGUAUAUAUGCAUUCCAGCAUGGCGGACAAGGUCAUUGCCACGGAGGACAUGGUCACAGCCACGGGGGACAUAGUCAUAGUCAUGGGCAUAGUCACGGGGGGCAUGGUCACUCGCAUGGUGCAAAUACUAGCGACACUAACCAUCUCUUAGCUAACCACAAUCAUCAUGGACAUAGCCACGAUGGACACGACCACGACCACGAUCACCAUAACCAUAACCAUGGCACUGCAUCUAUUGGAAUAGAGCAAUCGAUAACAUCCAACAAUUCUCAGAUAAUGCGUGGAGUAUUUCUGCACAUAUUAGCGGACACUCUGGGCUCGGUUGGCGUCAUCAUUUCGGCUGUACUGAUGCAACUGUUCGGUUGGAUGCGAGCGGAUCCCAUUUGCAGUAUGUUCAUCGCGUUGACCAUUGGCAUCAGUACACUUUCACUGAUCAAAGAGUCGGUUAUGAUACUUAUGCAGAGACAGCCGGUGACUUUGGAUCGCCAACUGUCACAGUGCUAUCAGAAGGUUACUGGCCUCGCAGGUGUAUACAGUGUCCAGGAGCCCCACUUCUGGACGCUCUGUAGUGAUGUGUACGUCGGGGCCAUCAAGCUAGAAGUGUCCAAAAAUGUCGACCCCCGGUACGUGGUGCAGCACACACGGAUGAUUUUCGAGGCAAUUGGAGUACGGCAGAUUUACAUCCAGCUGGAUUAUGCUGCAAUGUGAUAAACUGGGUAAACACCGCAAGAAAAUUGAGUAUUGUUUUUUGUCUUCACUAGGCUCCUGGUAGAUGUGUUCCUUCGUAUUUUGAAGAAACUUAUCUGCCGGAGAAAAAUGUGCGUGUGAGUGGAAGUAACGCCCCAACUGUAGGAAUGAAAUUGCCCCUUGACUAAGUCUGUGCAGUUGAAGCAUUUUGAGAGUGUGAGCGAGCGAAACACACUAGAAUUUAUUUGAGAUACACUUUGAAAGGUUACGAGAGAAGUACUAUCGCCCUAAGUUAAUUUACAUUGUCAUUAAAACAAGAAUUACAAAAAAUAAGGACAUGAUUUUAUACACUUUAUUUCAAUAGAUUAGAAUUGAAUGGCAUUUGCUAAAAA